GUGGAGGCCAGUGGAGGGAUUAGCAGAGAGGGUGGAGGACAGAGUGGUGGAGGGAUAGGCAGAGAGGGGUGGAGAACACUGAGUGGAGGCCAGUGGAGGGAUUGGCAGAGAGGGGUGGCAGAUACAGAACGGUAGGCCAGUG